UGAUUUGCGACCGCAGUGUUUGAUGCAGCGUGCACAACAUUGCCUGUCAUCCAACUGAGGAAAACAUGAUUUUCCUUGACAAAUUUGAUCAAAAACAGCUUAAUGGCUACACACUCGUCAUACCAUCUGUGAGUGUGGGAAAUGUUGGUCAGCUGACAAUUGAUCUACUGAUAUCUACAUUGCCCACUAAAAAGAUUGGCAUUGUCCACCACCCAGCCAUACAUGCCAUGGUUGGUGGAGAUCCCUACAAUCCCAGUAGCAAAGAAGUUACUACAAGUGCAGACCUUCAUUUAGUUGAGGAACAUUCCAUUGUUAUUUUGCAGAUCAGAGCUCCAUUAAUCAAGCAUGAAAGGCAGAAGUUUUUGGAAGAGCUCGUAGCUUGGUGCAAGAAUGUAGGCAUCAAGGAUGUCGUCAUGUUGUCAUCUUGCAAUGCAUACGAGAGGUGGGACAGCCAGAUCUCAGGCACGCAGCUCAGGUAUUACACAUCCAACGUGUCUGAGUCAUGUGUGCAGAUGCUAAGGUCUGUAGGAGCAGCCGAGCUUGAGGAACGCACAGACGAGUUUGGUAAAAAACAACGUUUCUUGUCAGGAGCUGGUUUUGUGCAGCCCUUCAUGGAUAUAUGCGAAUUACCUGUAGCAACUCUGAUUAAGUUUGUUGAUGAAGGAGACAAUAGAAGUGAUGCCUAUGCCCUUGCAACGUACUUGAACGCAUGGAAGCACCUCCUUAAGGAAACCAACCCAUCUUGGAAGGCCCCGUUUUCAUGGAGGAACUUGUAUGGAGGACCACAACCACUUGGCCUUUGUUGAUGUCUCGUGCUCGUUUGGAACAUGUCGUAGAAGGUUUAUGGUGAUGUAUAUUGUAUAACAGUAAAUAUUCUUGGUGAAUUGUUUAUUAUAAAAAAUAUUCUUGCCUGUGUGAAGUCAUGUUAACAAAUUUGUGUAUGAUUAUAUCACUAAAGACGAUGAGAGAAUCAGCA